AUGCUGAAUAAAGCGUUACGCAUACAAGAUAUAGAUACAAUUUAUGCGUUGCGUACAUACAUUCGACAUAUUCAUGAACAAAUUGCUCAACUCUAUUCUAAAUCCAAUUUGCGUUGUAAUAUCACUCUCUAUCGUGGUCAACAAAUGAAAAAUAAUGAAUUUGAAGAAUUGAAAAAAAAUCAGGGUGGUUUAUUAUUUUUCGAUAAUUUUCUCUCGUGCAGCGACAAUUUGGACGUUGCAAAAGUAUUUGCAAAUGGCAAUGCUAAUGAUCCAACAAAAACUCGAGUAAUAUUUGUUAUAGAGAUAAAUCGUUUAGUGAAGAAUAAUGUUAAAUUUGCCAAUAUUCAUCGAAUUAGUGCUCAUAAAGAAGAAAAAGAAUGGCUCUUUUCAGUUGGUUCUAUAUUUCGAAUAGGUUGGUUGAUGAAAUUGAACAAUGAUGGAAUAUGGUAUAUUAAUCUUCAUUUAACACAUGAGAGAGAUUUAGAAUUAACUAGUCUAACUCAAUAUAUGAGAAAUUUCAUUAAAUCACAAAAUUUAUUAAUUGAAUUAGGUAAAUUAAUGUGGGAAAUGGGUAAAUAUGAACAAACAGAAAAAUUGUAUUUGGAAGCAUUGAAAGCGGAACACGAAUGGCAACGUCGUUCGGGAAUACUUAAUCGUUUGGGAAUGAUAUGCUGGAAGAAGAAUGACCUUGAAAAAGCACAUGAUUUCUAUCAGCAAGCACUAGAAAUUGAUCAACAACAUAUGUCAGAAAAUGAUCCUUCCUUCAGUUCAAUCUACAUCAAUCUUGGAUUAAUAUAUCUGAAUCAAGGUAAGCUUGAUUUAGCUGAACAACACUUUCAACAUGCUUAUCAAUUGGACUUAGCCUCAAAAUAUCCUAAAAAAGAAUGGUUAAGUACCUAUUAUAACAAUAUGGCCAGUGUAUUGGCAGCGCAAGAAAAGUAUGAAGAAGCAUUAUCUUAUCAUGAGCAUUCAUUGAAAACUCGACUGGAACAUCUUCCAUCGGUACAUCCAUUGAUUGCUUUAUCUCAUAACAAUAUUGCCAUCAUUCUUAUGCGUUUAAAUCGUUUAUCAGAAGCAUAUGAACAUUCGCAAAAAGCCGUUAAUAUUGCUUCGCAAUCACUUUUAACAACACAUCCGGACACCAAAUUAUAUAAAGAAAAUCUUGAUCUUAUUAGUGAAUCGAUUCAACAGAUGAAUAGUCUGUAA